UUGGACUAUGUUCACCAUUUUCUUAUUGAUGUAGUCUUUUUGAUUUCUAGUUUUGGUUUAUAAUAUUGUCUCCAUGGUUUUUGUUGGUUUCUUUAACGUGUCUAUUUCAACUCGGUUUUCUCUCCGACAAGGAGCUUGAGCCAGGUUCUGAAUUUGAUGGAUCAAUUCAUGGACAACCCGUUCUUGGCUGCAUCGAGAGGGAUGGGGGCUGGAUCGAGAAGAGGAUGGGACGUUAAAGAAGAUGAGAAUGGUCUCUAUGUGAGGAUUGACAUGCUAGGGCUCGGGAAAGAUAAUGUUAAGGUUUCCGUGGAGCAGAACACCCUGAUCAUCAAGGGAGAAGGGGAAAAGGAAUCCGAGGAGGAGGAGAGCGGACGGAGGUACAGUAGCAGGAUCGACCUGCCUGAGAAGCUCUACAAGACCGAUCAGAUUAAAGCUGAGAUGAAGAACGAUGUCGUGAAGGAAGAGGAGAGGAAGGGCGUUUUCCAUGUCAACAUCGAGUGAUUUGGCUGAAUUAACAUGAUGAAUUAGCGGUAGUGAGUUUUUGUAGAAAUCUUCUCUUUACUUCUGUCGUCAGUAGUGUAGACAUUGAGAAGAGUUUAUACUUCAGGGGGGGAUGAGGCUUCUGCCUUUAUAGUUUUAACAGUGAAGAAAUGUAAAGUGGGUCUUGUGACAGAAAUGAAUAGUACUUCGGUUUCUUUCA